AUUUUAAAAAAGAAAGAAAGAAAAGGAAAGUUGUCUGAAUCAGCCCUAAGUAAAGAUGAGACAUUCAGCAGGUAAACGCACCUGCUAAUAUGUAUGGAAAUAUGGACUGAUGAUCCAGUAAGUCUGACGCACCUCACCCCUCUCGGGACCGCGCCUCCCCAAGGGCUGAAAUGAGUUUCUGCCCCUUUAAGAAGUCGCGCUGUCCAGCACAGCUGGGAUUUCAACACGGACAGAUAGUGCAAUGAAGAGCAGCAUCGACCCGUCAUCAUGUGCACCGGGCUUCCGAGGACUGCCUGUCCGCUGCGACUUUUUGCCCUCUGCAUCAUUCUCUCCCACGCAGCAGCCUAUUUCGGCCUUACAGGUCGCGAGCCUCUGGUUUUUCUGCCCGGUCCAUUUGCCAACGAGCCUCCGAACAGUAAAGCGCACCUGAAGCAAUGCGAGCAGAUGACUUUGACGCGCCGGCAAAAGCGCUUGUGCCGACGAGAACCGGGGCUGGCGGAGACUUUGAGGGAAUCUGUCCGUCUCAGCCUCCUGGAGUGCCGCUAUCAGUUCCGCAACGAGCGCUGGAACUGUAGUAUGGAUGGCCGUGGAAGCCUUUUAAAACGAGGCUUUAAAGAGACGGCCUUUCUGCUCGCGGUGUCGUCAGCAGCGUUGUCUCACGCGUUGGCCAAAGCGUGCAGCUCAGGGCGCAUGGAGCGCUGCACCUGCGACGAUUCUCCUGGUCUGCAGCACCGCGAGGCCUGGCAGUGGGGCGUGUGCGGGGACAACCUCAAAUACAGCACUAAGUUUCUCAAGAAAUUCUUGGGACAAAAACGGGUCAGCAAGGACCUGCGUGCCCAAAUCGACGCUCACAACAUUAACGUCGGCAUCCGGGCGGUAAAGAGUGGUCUUAAGACUACUUGUAAAUGUCAUGGUGUUUCCGGUUCUUGUGCUGUGAGAACAUGCUGGAAGCAGCUCUCCCCAUUUCAAGACACAGGCCACCUGCUGAAGUACCGCUAUGACAUGGCCGUUCGAGUGCAUAGUGUUACUAACUCCGCCACUGGGGAGACCGAGCUGGCAAGCCCACGGCGUCAUAGCAACACGGGUCCCCGCCCACGGCCCACCGAGCUGGUAUUUCUGGAGGAGUCACCCAGCUUUUGCAGGCCGUCGCGUUACUCGCCCGGGACGGCCGGCAGACAAUGUUCAAAGGACACCAGCUGCAGCAGCCUGUGCUGUGGACGGGGCUACAACACGGCCCUCCACCUCACCACCCUCUCCUGCCACUGCCAGGUCCGCUGGUGCUGUCACGUCGAGUGUCAAACCUGCCUCCGAGAGGAAGAGGUCUACACCUGCAAGAAACAUUGAUAAGAAGGAAACUGAGAAGACGAAGUGGAAAGUGAGCAAGCUUGAGGAUUUUUAAGGCGUCUACUAGACAACUGGUAGAAUUUUGAGAAGUUUGGAGGUUGUGAUCCAGGUUGUGCUAAGGGAAACUCUGUUUAGGAUGAUCUGCCAGUCUUACCUGAUUUAGAAUGGCUUGGUUGAGAUGGUUAAGUCACUUUCUUAAACUCUGGGCAGCCACAUGGAGUUCCGAACAAAAGUUUGGGAGGAACAUGUUCAUUUAAUACGACCAAUCAGUGCCUGAACAAGCCUAUGACAGUUAUUCCAGCAGUCCUCCACCACCCCAGCUCCACCUUCUUGAUUGGUUAAACCAGUCAAGGAAUGGGUCCCAGAAUUUCUAGAAUGAAAAUUGCUCUACUGCUGUCAAGGAACCCAAAUUGGACGUUCCAUACAUUUCCCAGCUUCUCACAAAUAGUUGAAUUGAACCAGACUACUCUUUUCUUCUGCAGUGAUAAACCAGCCUCACCGGGAGGUUGCCUGUUGAACAGUCUGUGUUGAUCGCACACUUGUGGAAAUGGACUAGUGAUCUGCAAGGUUUAGUUAUACUCAAACUAAUAGUUUAGAAGUGAGACGGCAGUCUGCUCACUUACAUUUCUGACUGUUCGUCUCUCUAUCUGCCUAUAAUGUACAUGCAUAUCUCUCUGCUGCUCUGAGAAUCCACAUUUGGCUUCAAAAUAUACUGAGAGUAUGAAGCACUUAUGAAUGAAUUUAUUUGUGAAUAUUAUGGUAGUCUUUUAUAAGUAAGGAAGAAAGUACUUGCGUCUGUUAUGGUAUUCACAUUUAUAAUGCUUAACAAAGAUAUUACAAAUGGGGGGAGGGGUUAUGCUGAUAAACUGGAAAUCUACUGGGACACAGUCUGAUUCAUAGACUUCUAAUGAAUGUUAGAGAAAGUUCUAUGAUGUGAAAUGUUUUGUUUUAUAUUUUGAAUGGCCAUUAAAUGGCUGUAUCUGGUAAUAGAUAGGAAUGUAUUUAUUGCAAUCAGAUAAAACUGAUCAACUGCUGCACCAACUUCAUGUACACUUACUGGUGUAUUCCAGACUGCAUUCAUGAAUUUACUCCUUUUUAUUUACAUUUGCCACACUGCUGCAUGAUUUCCCAAUUUUCUAUGUAGAAGUAUGUCAAAAACACAAGCAUUAGGGAUCAAGCAGAACAAAGCGUCUCAUUACAGCAUGACCCAAACAUAACCUGUCCCUACAGCUGCGUAUAGUGUGGGCAAACAUCUGGGCUUCUGAGUAUGUAGUCUCUAUUCUACAGUUUCCCAUCAAGGGCAAUGAAAGUGAGUAUGUCCCAUCCAGAACAAAGGAAAACAUCUCCUUUCCUAGUAAGCAAGGCUCUCUGGCCUAUAAAAUCUGUAAGCCAUUUCAUGUGUGGAAGCCUUUGAUAAACUCCAUUCCAGUCCCUUAUUAGCCCAUUACCAAUCAGAGCAAAUAACAGUGCUUGUUCUCCAGAAUGUGCUGAAAGCAGAAAGAGUUGAAAGUUGGUAUGCUGGAUGCCCAAUUGAGGCCUUUUUACAGGGAUAUUAAAAAAAUAAUUAAAUAGAUAAUAAUACUUAUAUAUAUAUUUGUUUUUAACUUCAUUUUUUAUGUUUUAUUAAUUUUGCUGUUCUCAGCUAAACUCAUUUUUGUUUAUUUUACAGUUCUUAGCUGUUUUUGUUUUUUUUUGUAUUGAAAAGAAGGCCAAAUAUGGGUGGAAAUGUUGAAAAUCAGUUCAGUAUCAGACACAAAGUAUUACUCAUAAAUAUUUUCUGUUCAAAUUAAACAUUACAUGCAUUUAUUCACUCAAAUUUAAAGUAUGUGAAUGUGAGCGUGUUCUUGUCUACUUGUUCGUGUGUGUGUGUGUGAAUGUGUGUGUGUGUGUGUGUGUGUGUGUGUGUGUGUGUGUGUUUGUGUGUGUGUGUGUGUGUGUGUGUGUGUGUGUGUGUGUGUGUGUGUGUGUGUGUGUGUGUGUGUGUGGUGAUUCUGGGAAGGCAGAAAACUGCAGUAAAAUGGGCCACAUCAAUCAAGUGGAAGAAAGUCCAAGCAUUCAGUGACAUGCCAUUCAGCUGAAACAUUUGUAAUGUUUAAAACGUUUGCUGCAAGAGAGUUUCACUCUUGACUAGUUGAAGUACAUGCACAUGGUAUGAAAGCUUUCUCCUCUAAUUGAUUCCGUUUCUAUGUAAGAGACUUUACUAAAGAAAGAAAGUUCUCACACUGAGUCAGCACAUGCAAAUAUCUGAAACCCCAGCGGUGGCUGUGAAAAUACAAAUGAGAUAGUUUCCUACUUCUGAGUGUAUGUGUGUGUGUGAAUGUGAGUGUGUUUCUCUGCUGCAACUGCUGAAAUGGUAACAUUUAUAGCACAGAUAUCUGAAAUGAACCCUCUAUCAACCUGUGCAUGGAGUGUAUGUGUUUGUUUGUGUUGUCAUAGCUUUAACAGUGUAAUGUUUCACUUUGUGAUUUCAUGCUGGGGAUUUUUGCUACUACCUCACCCGUUUUAAGGGGGGAAAUUAAAUACUAAGUUGUUGUUUUUUUUUCUUAGAUAUUUAAGACAAUGCUUCUUUUAAAAGCUUUAGCCUGAAAUACAGAUGCAUAUCCCUUUUUUUUUUUUUUUUUUUUUUUUUUUUUUUUUUUUUACUUUUGUGACCUAUUUCCUUAUUUAAGAACCAAUUUAUCAUAUUCAAAUAAAAUAAUACAUUUGUAAAAAUGGUGUCAGACAUUUGUCAACAGAUUGAACUCUUCAAAUUAAAUUUAAAAAUGCUGAUUUUCUCUCUGUCUCUUGCUUUCUCUCUUGCUGUGUUUGUGGUUGCACACCUGUCCAGAGCUCUGCACGCAAACACCUGCUCUUUAGUUAAAUAGCUUAUCAUGGAGCUGAUGGAUCCUGACCUACUCUCAACUUGAGCCUCAUUCUAAUUUCUCUCACCCAAAACAUAUACAAAUAGUUGAGCUUGCACAUGAU